UGAAAAAAAUCAUUUUGUCAACUCAACCAUGGCAUUUUCUCUGAGAGACGACCCUAGCAUCCUCAACAGAUGGGAUUCUGAGGCCACAGCAAUGUCUUCGUGCAGUAAUGCCAAUAUUUUCCGCAGAAUGAAUAGCAUGCUGGGCAACUCUUUGGACCUUACUGGUGUGUGCAACACACCCGGUAGCAGGGGAAGGCGUGACCCUAUGUUUGACCGGCAGGACAACGACUUUGCUGCCGCGCAGGGUAGGAUGCUUUUCCCCAACAACAGCCAGGAACCACCACGGAGGCUGCCCGACAUCAAUGACCUGGGCCUGGGCCUGCAGUCCCUCAACCUAUCUGUGUGGGACCGCCCAUGGAGCAACCAGGAGAACGAGACAGUGCCUCAGUCCAACUCCUCUGUGUUGGGAUUGCUUGGAAGCCCUCUCAACCAGCUGCGCAAGAAGCCAAUGGACUACCACCACGUGAGCGAGGCCAUGGCUGGCCAGCAGGACUUCCUGGAGAAGUUCCCUGGCAUGGCCCGCAUGAACCCCCGCCUGGACACCCGCACCUACCUGGACUCCCGCUCCAGCAGCCCCGUCGACUCCGAGACCAGUGGCUUCAGCUCCAGCUCUGACCACCUGACUGACCUGCUUUCCUCUCUGCGGAUUUCACCUCCCCUGAACUUCGUGAUGUCCAAUAUGCAAAAGGACCAUCUGAAGCUGGCUCUGGGUCAUCGGCUGGACCAGGACAGCUCUCCGCUCACCCCCCCUCCCAGCGCUUCUCCAGUGGGGGCCCUGGCCAAGCGCUGGCCCGGGGCGUCCGUCUGGCCCAGCCUGGACCGCAUGGACACCGCAGAGGACACGUUUAGCAUCGAGCGGGAGGCCAGACUCCACAGACAAGCUGCCGCUGUGAAUGAGGCCUCGUUUACAUGGAGUGGACAACUGCCAGCUAGAAACUACAAGAACCCUGUGUAUUCCUGCAAAGUGUUUCUGGGUGGUGUCCCAUGGGACAUCACAGAGGCUGGUCUAAACAACACAUUCAGUGGCUUUGGCCCUCUGAGUGUUGAGUGGCCUGGUAAGGAUGGCAAGCACCCUCGAUGCCCACCCAAAGGUAAUAUGCCGAAAGGGUACGUGUACCUGGUGUUUGACCAGGAGAGGUCUGUGCGUAGCCUGCUGCAAGCCUGCACCCAGGACCUUCUGCACCCCGACGACCUGAGCGAAUACUACUUCAAGAUGUCCAGCAGAAGAAUGCGUAGCAAGGACGUGCAGGUCAUCCCGUGGGUGAUCUCUGACAGCAACUUCGUGCGGUGCCCCUCCCAGCGUCUGGACCCCAGCAAGACUGUGUUCGUGGGUGCUCUGCAUGGCAUGCUGAACGCUGAAUCUCUGGCCAGUAUCAUGAACGACCUGUUUGGAGGAGUCCUGUAUGCUGGCAUCGACACGGACAAGCACAAAUAUCCCAUCGGAUCUGGCCGUGUCACGUUCAAUAACCAGCGUAGCUACUUGAAGGCAGUCAGUGCCGCGUUUGUGGAGAUUAAAACCCCAAAGUUCACCAAGAAGGUUCAAAUUGACCCGUAUUUGGAGGACUCGAUGUGCCAACUCUGCAAUCGUCAAACUGGGCCCUUCUUCUGCAGAGACCAGAACUGCUUCAAGUACUUCUGCCGCUCCUGCUGGCACUGGCAGCACUCCAUGGAGGUGCUGAGUAACCACCGCCCCCUGAUGCGCAACCAGAAGAGCCGCGACUCCAGCUAAAGCAUCGGCAAAGGGGCGGCGGCGAAGCUUACUGGCCCGGGACGGACGGGACGGCGCCAAAAAACCCACGGAGCAGAGCACGAGUGCUGGCCAGCGCCCCACCCGCGUGGGGAACCAACCGCACUCCCACCAGGAUACAGGACACGGGGAUCCAACACUGUAGAAGGUUCACUUAUUGCACUUGCUACUUUUUUGUGGAUUUUCUUUUUUUUUGGCUUGUUCACAAUGGCACUAUGCACAGGGUUUUUGAAAUUUUAAAAGUUUCUUCUUCGAAAAGUUAGAGCUCGUCUCCAACAGUGAAGUGAUUAAAGUAUAGAAGUCCUCAGGGUCCCAUAGAUGGAUGUUGGAGACUUCAGGCCAUGGUUCAGAUUUUUGUUUUUGUUUUGAAAGCUUUUUUUUCCUUUUAUUUAAUUUACUUUCAUUUAAUUUUUGGUGAGUUCAUCAUUAGAAUGUCAUUGCCUUUCACUUUGGCCAAUGCCAUACAGUGCCUUUAGAUUUUUGUUUCCCCUCCCCUCAUUGCUAGUUGGCUGCUUUUUUUGUUUUUCCCUGUGCAGCCGACUAGCGUUUUUUACUUUGAAAUGCUACUACGUAAUUGAAGCCCAACUGUCAUUUUCCGGACAUUUUUACGCAGUUUUUUACUAAUUUUUACACAGGUUUUAAGUCAUGACAUGAUAACUUUGAACAGAACCCCCCCUACCUGGCAGCAUUUUAAUUUAUCCCUCAGCUUGUCAACUAGAUAUGAUGCAAAUAGGCAAUUUCUUGGUGUUUUUUGUUUUUUUUCCUGAUGACCUGUUUGAUUGAAUUAAUUCAGUAGUUUUUUGCAAUGUACUGCUAUUAAAUCUCACCAUGACAGUUUUGCGAUGUUUCUCACCGCCUGGCAUCGCUUUAACUGGGUUUUAGUCAUUUUGGGAUCAAUUUCAAUUUGCAAAGUCUGAUACUGAAAUGGCCAUCGAUCAUUUUUGAAUGCACAUAGUUUUAUUGUUGCACUUUUUAAUUUGCACUUUGGAGAACGGGGUGACUGGUUUUUAAACACAUUUGUUUUGUACAUCAGCAGGUACUGUCAUGGGCUUUUAACGUAACCCCAGACAGAAAGAGCUGCUUGUUGAAUGUAGAACGUUGUACUUUGCUGGGAACGUAUAGGGAGCCAGGGCAGACCAAAAUGCAGCAUCCUUCCCCCUACCUCCCUCCCUCCCUCCCCUCCACCUGAAACAACCCCCUCUGUUAUUCCUUUGAGAUGUAUGUUCGAGAUCAGCUGUGCCAAAGAUGGUGUCAUUUUUCCAAUCAUGUCACCCCCCCUCCCCUCCCCUCACUUGUUCCCCUCCUCCUCCUCCUCCCCCUCCAUUGUCCCAUGCUGAGCUUGUUGGCCAGCCCAACUGCUGCUUUUUAGAGAUUUGACCGUCUACCUCAUUGUGGUCUGCAAUGUCUGCUGCCUUUACUUACAAGUGUGAAGUAUUACUGUUCAGAUUGGGCACAAUAAAGGUGUUAAGCAUU